GUGUUCAUGUAUGUGUUUCAUAGAUAAUAUGGCCGCCCUCAGUCCCUCACCCAACUCCCCUUCUCCUAACUCCUAACUCCCAACUUCCCAUUUCCCAAUCACCAAAAUGACGCUAUCACCAAUCUCACUCUCUUCCUCAUACACCACCACCAUUUCUCAACCACAUCACUGUUCCCUCUUCAACACCACCACUUCAACAACUGCCACGUCACUCAAUCUCAAAUUCUGUUCUCUCAAACCUGAACCCUUCGCUUUCACUUCACUCCGCCAUCGCUCACAUCACAACCAUCCCUUCCGUCGAACACACUUCAAUGCAAUAUCUUCCGCGCUUUCUAACAAUGGUACUGCUCCUAAAUCAUUCGAUUAUGAUUUGCUUAUUAUUGGUGCUGGUGUUGGUGGUCACGGUGCCGCCCUUCACGCCGUCGAGAAGGGUUUGAAAACAGCUGUUGUUGAGGGGGACGUGGUGGGAGGAACAUGCGUGAACAGAGGUUGCGUUCCUUCUAAAGCUCUUUUGGCUGUAAGUGGUCGAAUGCGAGAGCUGCGGAAUGAUCAUCACUUGAAAUCACUCGGUAUACAGGUUUCUAAUGCUGGGUACGACAGACAAGCAGUUGCUAACCAUGCUAACAAUCUUGCUUCUAAAAUUCGCGGUAACUUGACAAACUCGAUGAAAGCACUUGGAGUGGAUAUACUCACUGGUUUUGGAACUAUUUUGGGUCCUCAAAAGGUGAAAAUUGGCUCUUCCAACAAUAUAGUAACUGCAAAAGACAUCAUCAUUGCCACUGGUUCUGUUCCUUUUGUUCCUAAGGGAAUUGAAGUCGAUGGGAAGACUGUGAUCACCAGUGACCAUGCACUCAAAUUGGAGACAGUUCCUGAUUGGAUAGCAAUUGUUGGAAGUGGUUAUAUUGGCCUUGAAUUCAGUGAUGUAUAUACGGCACUUGGAAGUGAGGUCACUUUUGUGGAAGCUUUAGAUCAGCUUAUGCCUGGAUUUGAUCCUGAAAUUAGUAAGUUGGCUCAGAGGGUUCUCGUAAAUCCCAGGAAUAUUGACUAUCAUACCGGCGUUUUUGCAUCCAAGAUCACUCCUGCAAGAGAUGGCAAACCUGUAUUGAUUGAGCUCAUUGAUGCAAAGACCAAGGAACAAAAGGACACUUUAGAGGUGGAUGCUGCAUUAAUAGCAACUGGAAGGGCUCCAUUCACACAAGGUCUUGGAUUGGAGAAUAUUGAUGUUGCAACACAGCGUGGUUUUGUACCCGUGGAUGAGCGCAUGAGAGUAAUUGAUGCAAACGGAAGCCUGGUCCCUCAUUUGUAUUGUAUUGGCGAUGCAAAUGGCAAGAUGAUGCUUGCUCAUGCUGCCAGCGCACAAGGAAUAUCAGUGGUUGAACAAGUCACUGGAAGAGAUCAUGUGCUCAAUCAUUUAAGCAUACCAGCUGCUUGUUUCACUCAUCCUGAAAUCAGCAUGGUUGGAUUGACAGAGCCUCAAGCAAGGGAGAAAGGUGAAACGGAAGGGUUUGAUGUAAGUGUUGCCAAAACAAGUUUUAAAGCUAACACAAAAGCCUUAGCAGAAAAUGAAGGAGAGGGUCUUGCCAAGUUAAUAUACAGACCUGACAACGGAGAGAUACUAGGAGUUCAUAUUUUUGGGUUGCAUGCUGCAGAUCUCAUCCAUGAGGCUUCCAAUGCAAUAGCAUUAGGGACACGUAUUCAGGAUAUUAAAUUUGCAGUUCAUGCUCAUCCGACUUUGUCUGAGGUGCUUGAUGAACUAUUUAAAUCAGCAAAGGUUAAAGCACAAGCUUCUGACCAAGUAAAGGAACCAGUUGCAGUCUAAUAUUGUUGCGUACAUGCAAUUUGCUUGUAAAAGUAAGUUUCCAAGAUAUUGAUCAUCUUCAGGCGUAAUACUUCAGUAGCACAUUCAGAAUCUUCUGAAAGAAGAGAACCCUUUGAACUUUAAAGGAGCAAUAUCAAUGGUUUGAUAACAGAUUGGCACCAAUUAUUAUGUUUGCGUCAUAUUGUCAGUUUCUGUCAAAGGCACUCCUAAUUAUUGGACUUUAGAAACUCGUUUCCCCCGAGUUAUGUCUAAGAUGAUUCUAGUGGGGAGGCAUUUUGUAAUGGGCCAUUUUUCAGAGUACAUUAGUUUGAAUCGUAGAUGUUGACUAAAAAUAGUUGUUACAAGGUUUUCCUGCAUAAUCCAUUAAAUGGGACUUGAAAUUGCUUCUUGAUGAUUUAUAUAUUCUGUAUGUUGUCUUUGUCAA